AACUUAAAUAGAUAUACCGUAAUCUGAUGAUUUAUAUGGUAUUUCGCGUAAGAACCGUUCCACACAUUAUUUCGCUCAAUAACUUAUUCACUGACGAUCUCACACGCACGUCGUGUCGCUGAGUUCAGGUAAACCCUAUUCGCCACUCCCCAAAUAACCGCAGAGUUGGUAUAAAGAAAUCCACGCUGGAGUGUCCCGGACCUUCCUAAAACAGAAAAGCCCUUGUGAGCACCCUCACAUUGGGGGUUCAUUUACCACGUGACCAUGCAUCCAAGGAUAGCUCAAACUAGAAGAGCGCUAAGUAAUGGGCACGACAGCUCGCUGCAAAGAAAAACACAAAUGAAAGUAGAAGUCUUUCUUUAAUGUUUCGCAAGUAAUGACUUUGGGACCCAUCAAGGGAGUACGAACAAAAAGUUAAAGUUGGAGCUUUAAACUUCGUUGAAUCAUCUCCUCUUGUUCGUGAACAAAAGGAUCGGGAAGAUGAAGUCUGUAGAAGUAAAACAUUGAAGAAAAGUUUGGGCUAUUUAUACUGCACUUCUGAAGUCUUUACAUACGCGAUGAACAAUGUGUACCGGUGUCCAGACGCGAUCGUUCAGGAAACUCCGGAUCAGUCAGUCUGUAAGAUAAAUUGUUGAUGCAGGUUCUAACAAGAGAAAGAACCCCAAACUAAUUAGCAGUCUUUGGAGGCAUUUCCUAAAUAAUACUAAAUGUGAGAAUGAGGAACAAGUAUGCAAUUGUCAUUAUCUGCAUUGUGGCGCUUGUCAUCAUCGAAAAGGAAAACAACAUUAUUUUAAGGGUUUCAGAUAAGCUGUCACAGUUCAGAACACUGCAAAUGCCCGAGACGUCUUCUUUUGUGAUAAUAGAUGACAACAGCUCCUAUCCAGAUGAUAUUUAUUCCGAAAACGUCUUAGGGGCCCGUGAGAAAGGCCAAAAGCACAUUCUCUUGAUGGCUACCACUCGUUCAGGUUCUUCUUUUGUGGGCGAAUUCUUCAAUCAACAGGGCGCCGAUAUGUUUUACCUCUUUGAGCCGCUGUGGCAUGUGGAGGCGAUGCUGUCGCUUGGCACAAAUGGCACAAAUUCCAGCACGUCUCCGUGGGUCUACAGAGACGUCCUUAAGCAUCUCUUCUUGUGCGACUUCUCUCUGUUGGAGCGCUUCAUUAACCCCCCGCCCAAGGACCACGUCACCCCUGACCUGUUCCGCAGGGAGUCCAGUGUAGCUCUGUGCGAGAACCAGGUCUGCACACCAGUCAUAAAAGGCAUUUUCGAGAAGUACCACUGCAGGACGAGGCGGUGCGGGCCACUCAACUUAACCCUGGCGUCUGAGGUCUGCCAAAAAAAACGGAACAGGGUUAUCAAAACCGUCAGGGUCACACAACUAGACACACUACGUUCUCUGUUAGAGGACCCGCAGUUGGAUGUCAGACUCAUACAGCUGGUGAGAGACCCUCGGGCCACCCUGGCAUCAAGGAUAGUAGCUUUUCCAAGUAAGUACCAGGAUUGGAAAAGCUGGGCUGUAAAUGAAAAUGUAUCUGUUAAGGAAGAGGAGGUCAAACGUCUGGAAGGAAACUGCAACAACAUUCGCAUGUCUGCCGAGCUGGGCUUGAGUCUGCCUAAAUGGUUGGAAAAGCGGUACAUGUUAGUGCGUUACGAGGACAUCGCCAGGGACCCCAUGCAGAAAGCAGCAGAAAUGUACAAUUUCACAGGGAUUCCAUUUACACCACAAACAAGGGACUGGAUCCUAGAAAACACGCACUCGCACUCCAGCGGUAUAUUUUCCACCCAAAAAAACUCUUCGGAGCACGUGGAAAAAUGGCGCUUUAAGAUACCUUUCAAAUUGGCCCAAUUUGUACAGGAAAUUUGUGGACCAACCAUGAAACUUUUUGGCUAUAGGUUCGUAGACAACGAACAGUCAUUGGUAAACAAAUCGUUUAGUUUGCUUGAAGAGAAAAAAUUUCAUUUUUCAUAGUGUAAAAUCUGACCAGGUUUCUAUAACUACACUGGGAUGUUGGUCUACUUUUCUGGAACUACACUGGGAUACUGAUCUAGUAUUUGUAACAUUAGUCACUUGGUUUAAUAAAUUCAAAAGUCUUUAUCCUGGAUAGUGAGAUUAAAGGGGUCAUAUGAUGCGAUUUCAUGUUUUCCUUUGUCUUUGGAGUGUUAAAAAAAUUCAGUUUGUGCAUAUAGAAGAUAUGUAAGGUGCAGAUUAAACAUUCAAACACUUUCUAAAAUUAAAGUAAAACAAAAUCAUCAACGCCUUUUAAAGGUCCCGUUCUUUCUGUGCUUUUGAAGCUUUGAUUGUGUUUACAAUGCGCAAUAUAACAUGCGUUCAUGUUUCACGUGUAAAAAAAACGCAGUAUUUUUCACACAAUUUACUAAUCUGUAUGCCGCUAUUUUCACUGUUCUAAAAACGGGCUGAUGUCUUCCUUGUCCUAUGAAGUCUCUCCUUCAGUAAUACAUAACAAGUUCUGAUUGUGUAGUUUGUUUAGUGUGUCGUGAUUCGAUAGCAGCUUAGCUUGCCAUUAGCUUAGCUGGCGACUGACGUAUUCCUGUGGGCGGAGUUUAGUCAAAAAACUGUUCUAGUGGCGUCAUUAAAGCAGGAAGUAGAGGGCUGUAGUCCAAACCGGCCAUUCGCUGUAGGCUUUUAAAAGCGAAUUCUGAUAAAGAAAAUGUAUCGCCUGGCAGUGAACUUUGAGCUUUAUCAUUUUACAUGUAUUAUUUAUGAUAUUAUAGCAACAUUACACACUAACUACUAGGCUAUAAAAAAUGGGAUCCGAAAGUACGUGACCUUUAAAAACGCUUGCUUUGGAAGCUGAUAUUCUAAAUAUGGUAAGAAGUGUAACAUUUCCGUCACACAGUUAAGGUAUUCGGCCAAUCACAAUGUAAUGGAUAGCUGGCCAAUCAGAGCACACCACACUAAAGAAUGAUAAGCUUUGUAAAAAUUUUAGAAAGCAGGGUGUAGAGACGCAACAAUAAUGUACAGUAUGUGGAAACUACUGUGUUUUUUAAACUUAACCCGCGUUUUAUGUAUUUGCAUUACACCAAAUACACAAAAUAAUGUUUUUUUAACAACUUCAUAUGACCCCUUUAAAAAUGAUUGGUUUAAGAUGCAUUAAUUUGGAAAAUAAAAAAUCUGAUGUAAUAUUGGGACAAUUUAAUGUCUGUGUGUUUGUGUAUGAAUAUUGUCUAAAAAGAUCUUUAUGCAAAAUAUGUGAAAACAGACCUAAUACACUGUAAAAAUUGUCCCCCCAACUUUCUCUUUUAAGUUGUCUUUUAGCUUUGACUAGAUUUAUAUUUACCUAAAAACUUAAGUAGUUUGAACUUGAAAUGGUUUGUUAAGAUAUUUAAAUAUUUGACCCAACUAUUUAUUUAAUGUAACCUGGACUUGCAAAGUUAAGGGACAAUUUGUGCACUUACUUUUUUAAGUUGUCUGUACUAAACUUUUAAGUUAUUUAACUUAAAUAAUUGUCAGAACUCUUUUUUUAAUUUACUAGACAAGUUUAAUUGAAAUAUUGUCAUUUUUUAAGUAGUCUGUUCUAAAAUUCAAGUUCAUUAAACUUACUUAAGAUAUCUUAUUUAACUAACUUGGAUUAGCAAACUCACUAUUCCAGUAGAAAGACUUUAUUGUCAACUGUUGCCCUUAAAAUAAAAAACAUCAGACAUUUUGUUAUAUAACAGAACAGAAAUCUCUUUGUGCUUAAAAUUAUGCUCGGGCACGGAAAUUAUUAACAUGAAAAAAACUUUAACUGUAAAUACACAGAGCACAAUUUAAUUUCUCUUAGAAAAGCACCUAACUGUACUUCAGCAGCUUAUUUUUGGGUGUACUUUGGCACUACAGUUAUCCGCUCCAAUGUUCAUGACAAGUUAAUUUGGUCCAUGCAGACUUUGUAGAAUGAUGACUUCUUUCAACAAGGGCCACAUCACUGCAGCCAAAAGAAGGUCCAUCCUUGUUUAACUCUAAAACAAACUUUAAAAUACACGCAUGCAACUCUAGGUCACACAUUUAAAAAGGCAAGAGUAAACUUAAAUGUACCUGGUAUAGUACAUAAUAAAUUAC